GUAUAUUUUCAGUGACAAGAUGGAGACAUGCAAAUCAAGUAGUCAGAAUGGUCUUGACAGCUGGCAGAGCAGCAAAUCUCUUUCAGAAUGUCUGAGAUAUUCUCUUGAAAAUAAAAUGUUCAGUGACGUAGCAUUCAAGGUGGGGAGAGAACAGAAGAGCGUCCAGGCUCACAGACAAAUUCUCAGUAUCCGCAGCGGCGUGUUCGAGGCCAUGUUCUACGGACCAUUGGCAGAGCAGGAUGAGAUCGUCAUUCCGGAAGUAGAACACGACAUAUUUGAACAGUUUCUAAGGUAUCUCUAUACAGAUGACGUCACAAUUGAUGGUGCCAGUGUGAUGGGUUUGUUGUACGUAUCAAAGAAGUAUGACGUCAAAACCCUGGAACAGAAGUGUCUGACGUAUUUGUCGUCAUCGAUGACGUCAGACAACGCCUGCGUGAUACUGGAACAGGUGCACGUGUUUGAUGAGCAGGAAUUGAAAGAAAAAGCUCUGAAUUUUAUUUUGAAAAAUGGAGAUGCCGCUCUAAAGUCAACUGGAGUUACCGACCUUUGUCACGAAUGCUUGGUUAAGAUCAUACAAGCGGACGAACUGAUGGCCGAUGAACAAUCUGUCUUUGAAGCUGUUGUGGCGUGGAGUGAGAGCGCCUGCAGGAAACAAAACAAAGAUGUAACUCCAGAAAACAGACGUCAAGUGAUUGGGGAAGGCAUAAAGCACGUGAGUUUUCCCAUACUUGACCAUAAAUAUUUAGUGAAACAGGUAGUACCAACUAAUUUGCUGACUGAUGCAGAAAAAGCCAAGAUCUUCGCAUACUGUCUGUGUCCCGAUGAAAAUGUUUCACCAUUUAACGCCAACAAGCGCAUAGGUAUUAUUAAUCGAGAGAAAAUUAUAACACAUAUAAUACAGCGCCUCACCACCAUCGGCAAUGCAGUGAUGUCAUUAGAAAUAGAAAUAGCAGGUGAAAAUCAAAUUAUAGGCGGCCAUUAAUCAACAAAAAGUCGACAAGCAUUGUUUAUUGGAAGUUCGAUACCAGGCGACAAUUGAUUCGAUACCAGGCGACAAUUGAUUCGGGUGCCGGCGACAAUCAAUUCGGGUGCCGGCGACAAUUGAUUCGAUAGCCGGCGACAAUUGAUUCGGGUGCCGGCUAUUAAUGACAUCCCUGCAAUGCAUAUCGUUGCCCAUGUAUUAGUGAUGUCAGUCAUGGAAUUAUGUUUUCUGUAAACCAAGACGCGUCACUACUAGGAUUCCAGUUGUAUGGUCCCAAAAGCAGAACCACUGCAAAUUAUGAUGUCAGAGCUUUCAUAACUGACACGACAACAGAUGACGUAAUCGAAGGUUCAUCAGUGACAAAGUCAGUCUCAGUCGCAGAUGGGACGACAAGAUAUGACGUGGAGUUUCCUCGACCCCUAAAACUGAGCAAAGACAAGAAGUACAAUCUGAUUGUUAACAUCAAGGGACCUAACUCACACUAUGGGUGGUCGGGCAGAUCUACAGUACAGAACGGGUCGUUUAUGUGUUCGUUCUUCAACUGCCAGAAAUCCAAACACGGUAACGAACUACACCCAUAUACAGAUGUGAGUGGACGACAGAUACCUGAUUUGAUGUUCUUAGUAUGACAACCUGUAGUUGGAGAUUAUGUUAUAGUAGAGUAGUGUUAGUAUGGAGUCAUCUUCCUAGUAGUAGCUGGUGAGACUUUCUCUAACAGCCCAGCUAGCAGAGCAUUGGAUUCUUAUAAAUCAGUGCUCGAAAUACUGCCGUCCCGACCACUUUUUGCCGGUGAACGUCACCACGGGCUGGGAAAUAUGUUUGCCUUUAUAUUUUAUGAUCAUGUUUGGUCUGGUAGGUUUUGAUUUAGUCUGGCAGAAUUUCUGGAUUCCAGGAAUUUCAGCCAAUUUCGACCCCUGUGUAUAAAUGGUCCGUGGUUCCACCCCAUUCAGUAUUAGUUGCUUUACAUGUAAAUGUUACAAUUUGUCGCCCAGAGACCCGGGACAUACACUGACUUGAGGGUGUAGUAGUGUUGGUAUAAUAUCCUCCUCUUGCGCAGUAGCCAGUUAAAUGUAUUUUGUUAACGCUGUUGGUAAAGCUUAGGUACAGACGUUCAUAUGCAUGUACGAGGGUACGCACGCACACACACACACACACACACACGAACGCACACGAACAGCGACAGACACGCAUACAUACGCGCACACACAAUCGUACGCACGCACACACACAUACACUUGCACAUUUGGAUAUAUGCACAUAUAAUUGUUUUGCCAUUCCCUUUAACCCUUUAACAAACCCUUUAACCGUCAUAGGUUGGACUAAUGCGCGGGAAAAAGUCUCACAUCACUGUACAUGUGUGCACGAUAUUUACCCGUUUUGUUGUUCAACAAAAUAAUAACUGCAUCAAAGACACCGCACGUAUAGGUUCUUGCAUUUGUAAAAUCUUGUCAUUAAAUGUAUCGUUAAAAAACAGUUCAGUUUAUUUCAAAUGUUGUGUGGCGUGUGUGUCCUACACCAUAUCGUUACAACUGUUAAAACCCCCAACGAAAAAACCCCCACAAAACAAACAAAA